AUGUCCCAGCGCCAGCUCAUCAACCCAGCGGGCGUCCGCCCUCCGCACCCGAUCUACUCGCACGUGCAAACAACACCACUCUCACCCACGACCACAUUAGUUACCAUAGCGGGCCAGAUCGGCGUGCCUCCAGACUCCGCCAGCGCAGCAGCGACCUUCGGCGAGCAAGUUGAAAUCGCGCUGGAGAAUCUGAAGAAAUGCCUUGCGGCCGCAGGAGCGACGCCGGCGGAUAUCAUCAAGGUCACGCACUAUAUCGUCAACUUGGACCCAAAGGAUAAAUCAAGACUCGCGGCGUAUACGCAGUUUAUUGGGGAUCAUCGUCCGCCGAGUACCGUGGUGGGUGUUGCGGCGUUGGCAUGGCCGGAGUUGUUGUAUGAAGUUGAUGCCAUGGCGAUUGUCCAUCAGAAGUGA